AUGCAAUACGUGCGAUCCAUCUCCUCUUCCGUCUCGAAUACCUGGAAUUCAAUCAAUCCGGCCACGCUCAGCGGCGCAAUCGACGUCAUCGUCGUUGAGCAAGAAGAUGGGGAACUCGCAUGCUCGCCGUUCCAUGUGCGGUUCGGAAAGUUCCAACUCCUCCAACCGCGAGAGAAGAAGGUGGAAUUCCGAGUCAAUGGUUCGAAACAGGACUAUUCCAUGAAGCUAGGUGAAGGUGGAGAGGCCUUCUUCGUUUUCGAGACCACCGAAAGCAUUCCGGCCGCGUUACAAACCUCUCCGCUAGUUUCGCCCGAGACCAGUCCACAAGCUCUACCAGCAGAGGUAGGAAAAGACAGUCUCCUUGAACCAGAACCCCUCGACCUCGCAUCGGAUGCGCAGCCAAAACGAAGGUUCCCAAAGGACGGUCCAAGGCCGAAAACUGUCAUAGGAGAUCUUGCCUCAUUGCAAGAAGACGACGAUGGGCUUCGACCCGCGCUAUUAUCAGACCAAUGGCCUCCGCACCUUGGUGCACCCAUCGACUUCGGACAAUCGAUUAGCGACCGUGUAGUACCGUCCAGCGCAUCCAGCGUUCCCGCCAGAGCAUCCGAACCGCCGGAAGCUCUGUUUCACCACCAUGAAGUAUCCCUCGAUGCAAGUCCAGGGUAUUCCGCCACAUCCCACCGAUCAUCCAGUCCCCCGCCUGUAUCGCAGUCCGAGGCGAUGGCGCGUGCGAUUCACCUCUCCAAGCGUCUAUGGACCUCCAACAUCCCAUCACGCAUUACCGACACAGGCGAUCUCAUGUUGGACAUGACCGGGUACAAAUCAUCCGAAGAGCAGAUUCUUCGGGCGGAAGUGGUCGCAAGGAAGAUUUUGUCCGAAGAGCUGGAAGGGAACUACGAUAUUGGGGCGCUCAUUGGAACGGAUGAGACGGGGAAUCUUUGGAUCUACAGCAGCGAGGAGCGAAAAGAAGCUGCAGAACGUCAGAAUCAACCGGAGAACGGAAUUUCCCAUGCCACAGCAAUGGGUUCCACCGACGCAAUAUCCGAUCCAGGAUACCACAGCGACGAUGGUCACAGCGAUGCUGGGACCGCUGUUGGGGACGAUACUGGACUGGGCAUUCCCGGUGCCGGCCAUCGCAGAGAUUCCGACAGCGCAGUCGGGCUAUCCACUCCUCCAAAAUCUCCGAUGGGCAAUGAUCAAGAUUCGCCGCCGGAGCCGAGCCGCAACUAUGCUAAAACGCUUCGUUUAACCAGCGACCAGCUCAAAGCCCUGAAACUCCGGCAAGGAUCCAACUCGAUGAGUUUCACCGUCAACAAGGCAACUUGCCAGGCUUGCAUCUACUUCUGGCGGCAUGAUGUGCCAAUUGUGAUUUCGGAUAUUGAUGGCACAAUCACAAAAUCUGAUGUUCUUGGGCAUGUCUUGACCACCAUCGGCCGCGAUUGGACUCAUCUAGGGGUUUCCAAGCUGUACACCGACAUUGCAGCCAACGGAUACAACCUCAUGUAUCUGACCUCUCGUUCCGUUGGACAGGCCGAUACUACUCGCGCCUAUUUGAACGGAAUUGUUCAAGAGGGGCACCGCAUCCCAAAAGGCCCUGUCAUACUGAGUCCAGACCGCACAAUCGCGGCACUGCGUCGAGAGGUUUAUCUCCGGAAGCCCGAAGUGUUCAAGAUGGCAUGUCUUCGGGACAUCAUGAGUUUGUUCAACAAGGCGGGUACCCCUCAACAACAGCCUGGGGUGCACCAUCCAACGCCGUUCUAUGCUGGUUUUGGGAAUCGCCUCACCGACGCUCUUUCAUAUCGAAGCGUGAACAUCCCUUCAACGCGGAUCUUCACCAUCAACUCGAAUUCCGAAGUCAGCCUCGACCUCUUGAGUCUGAAUAAGUACAAGACCGGAUAUGCAAGCAUGCGUGAAAUUGUUGACCACUUCUUUCCCCCUGUUGGGUUGCUCGUCAAAAGCGGAGGUGAAGACUUCACUGAUUUCAAUUACUGGAGGAGCAAGCCACUGGAACUCGACGAAUUCACGGCUAGCGAGAGUGGUGAGGAACUUGAAGAGGGCGAUGAGGACGCUGAAGGAAGCGAAGGAGCAGACGAGUUGGCGGAAGACCUAGAGGCCAGCUAUAUUUCGAGAGACUCAUUUGACCAGGGCGGGAACCUCGAUGAUUCAAUCAUGGAGAGUAUUGAAGGCGAUGUAGGAGAUGAAGAUGAAGGAAUCUUCGAAGAAGCUGACAAGCAAUUGAACGGGACACCUGAAGCUUUGCCUGCCACAGAGAUAAACUUAGGUAGUGCCACUGAUGAUACCAGGGAGUCUGGUUCUACCUCUCAUGGCAAACCCAAGAAGCUGGGCAAUCGAUAG